UUCCUCGGGUUGAUACAACUUGCAGUUAGAUGCUCUCAGGCAACUCGAUUUAGUGUCUGGUGUGCAGGAGUUUCCCUUAAAUGUUAGAGUAACCUAAUCCACCUACAGGAGCUGGGAGGUUGGUGUAUAAGGACUGGGAGCUAACUGGAUUAGAAAGCCAUCAGUGAUACUGCAGGGAGGACAUCCUUGACCUCAGGCCUCUGCCUUUAGGUUGGGGCCACUACGACCGACCGGCAAGCUCAUCCAGGUGUAGACAGAGGCUGGUGGCUCCUGGCCAGCUCAGAGUGUUUCCUUUUGCUUGGUAACCAGGAGGAGUGGCUGAGGAAGGACAUGGAGCGGAGCAACACAGCUAAAAAGCGCCCGCUCUGGAUCCCGCCGGCUCCCCCAGACUGAAGAGGUCUGGAUCCGGAGGAAUCCCCAGUAAGAACGGCAGCCACCCGGGGGACCCACCAUGUACGCGUACAGCUGGCUGUCGCCCAGGGAGGGCAUCUGGCCGCCGCAGCCGUUCACCUGCGCCUACCUGGCUGCCCCUCUGCUCCUGCCCCCCAUCCAGGCCCAUAGUUUCCGCAGCCGGCCCGGGAGCCUGCACACGGGCGAGUGGGCAGCCCCGCGAGAAUACCACCGCUUCUACGACCCCGCCGCGCCGCCCGAGACUGCACAGCCCUGGUGGGCCUGCCCUCCGGCCUACGCCGCGGCCCUGCGCCCCCGCUGCCCCGCAGCCAGAAUCUCGGGACUGUCGCUACAGGCGCCAGCGGCUGCGGCGGAAAGCUGGACGCCGUGGCCCGAGGGCGGCAGCCUACAAACCGAGCUACGCUGGGGACGCGUAGAGCGCGCGCGAGGCCCGCCUCUGCAGCUGCCCGACUUCGUGCGCCGGGAGCUGCGGCGCGCGUAUGGCACCUACCCCCGCGCCGACGUGCGCGUCACCCAGCGCCGCGGCCAGUUCCUGCUUCAGGCGACUCCGCGCGUGCGCGAGCCCGAACGCCGCGUGGAGUGGUGCGUGCGGCGCCGUCCAGACAGCGGCGACAGCGGCUCAGGUCAGGAAGACGCGGAGCGCGGCCGUCCCAGGAAGAGCAAGGCCCUGAGCUGAAGGCGCCGACAAGCCUAGCGACCGGCCCGCGUGCAUGCGUGCGCGGCUCCCUCCUUCCAAGCGAGCCCUCACCUGCGCGCGGGAGCCGGGCGCACCGCUGACCUGCCUUUUUGGCUUUUCCCAUGACUGCCCGCCCCCUUCCUGCACUGGUUUCUCUCACCUUAUUGCUGGACGGUAAGGAAAGGGCGAGGGCAAGAUGGAAUCAAGGACACCUCUGGGUGUUCUGUACCUCUUUCCUUCUUGCAGCUUGGGAAGUGGAGGACUUGGGAUGGAAGAAGAGCCUGGGCCUCCCUCCUUCCUCUUCCCCAUCUUCGCCUAAGGAGCCUGCCCUGCAGUAAGCCCCAACUUUCCCUUCUUUUCCCUCCAUCAGAGUUGUCGCCCACCCCCUGUUCCCACCGUCCCCCUACCCCGUCUUCCUGCCAAGCCGAGGGGCCACCGUGAUCCUCGGCUUAGUAAGAAAAGUAAAUAGGCCGGGCCCAGUGGCUCGCGCCUGGAAUCCCAGCACUGUGGGAGGCGAAUCGCUUGAGUCCAGGAGUUGGAGACCAGCUUGGGCAGUGUGGCGAAACCUCGACUCUAC